GCAUGCACAGUAGUUUAUGUCAGUGGAGCAUAAAUGUGCGCUUGACAUGUGCUUCUAGGUUAAGUUUCAUAUAUUUUUCGAACGUUAUUUUAUGUUUUUUACGCGUGAAAAUUGAGAAGACGGCUCGAUAACAAUGACUGUACAAGACACAAACAUUUCUUUAAAUAUUUCUGCAGAACCUGUUGCCAAGAAGAAACAUGAAAACGAAGAUGAUUUUAUACUUAGUUUAAUGAAAGAGCGAAAAAAUAAAACCGAAGAAAGUAAAGUUAGAAAUAGCAAUAAACCGAAACGUGAUUUAGUUCGUGUAACUAUCGGUACAAAGAAAAAGAGAGUUAAACAAAAAUUAUUGUCAACGAUCGUCGCACAACGGUUGAAGGACACUGAUAAAUCCAACGUACUUGAUCUUGUACAGAAGGAAAGAAAAUUUCAAACACGACCCGUAGAUACAGAGCGGAGAAAGUCCAAACAACCAUUAGACAAAAUACGUUUAAAUGCAGAUAAGACGGUUGUAGAAACGGAUAAGACAUUGGCAACUCAGCAAACUGAAAUUUCCAAUGACUCUGCUCUAUCGUUUGUUAAAUUUACGCGAGAGAACUUUGCCAAAACGUUAUUAGCAAAGAAGAGAAAUAUUAAGAACGCGGACUCUAGGAAAACGCUACCUAAUGUAUUCUCUGAGCGAACAGAGUCUGAAAACGUACAAGUUAAUUUGUUAAAGUCGCUUAAAAAAGUAGAUACGGACGAAGAUGUUGUACCAAGAAAAAAACCUAAACUCAAGGAAUCUAAUAAAUCACCGUUAACAAAAGAUUUUCGCGGUGAAAAGAAUAAAAAUUUUGUAGAAAAAUCGAUGAAAUGUCAUAGUAACGUACAAAACAGUAAAAGUACUCGUCUGCCUUUUAAGACCGGUGGUAAAAUAUCUUCCUUGUUUGGACAUAAUCCUAAAGUUCCAAAUAUUGGUCAACGAUUUGUAAGACCGAUAAGCGAACCGGUCUUUACGGAAACAACUUUUACCGACCUUAAUAUACAUCCUUUCACGAUAUCCAACUUGAAACAGAAUAUGCAAAUUGCUAAGAUGACUAUCGUUCAACAGAAAGCAAUUCCUUGCAUAUUUUCAGGCAAAGAUACUUUAAUUAGAUCUCAAACUGGAUCUGGAAAAACGUUAGCAUAUGCUUUACCUAUAGUUGAGUUUUUACACAAUAUUAGACCAAAACUGACCAGAAAUAGCGGAGUAAAAGCUUUGGUAGUAAUACCAACUAGAGAACUAGCUUUGCAAACGUACGAGUGUUUUUUGAAAUUAAUUAAACCGUUUACGUGGAUCGUGCCAGGGUAUUUGGCAGGGGGUGAAAAGAGAAAAGCAGAGAAAGCUAGAUUAAGAAAAGGUUGCAAUAUUUUAGUCGGUACACCGGGUAGAUUGUUAGACCAUAUAAAACGAACAGCAGCUUUAAAACUUGGUCAUGUUAAAUACUUUGUUUUGGACGAGGCAGAUAGAAUGUUUGACAUGGGGUAUGAAAAAGAUAUAUCAGGUAUAGCGAGCGCUUUAAAGUUGUCUACCCUAAACGAAAAUUCGGAAUACGACCCGAUGAAAAUACUUGAAGAGAACAUAAAAAGGGUUUCUAAUGACGGAAAUGUCGCGCAUAUUGUAAACACCAUUGAUUCGAGGAUAGGGGGAGAGAACGACGAUGAGCAGAAAAAUUGGAAACCUGAGGGCUGUGGAAAGAAAGAGGACGUUAAAGAAAGACAAAGACGACGAUAUCGCUUUAAUAGCGACGAGGAUUCCGAAGAAGAGAAACGAUUCGUAAAAUCGAAGGAUUUCUCGAAAUCCAACGAAAAUAAAGUAUCAAGUUCGGUAGAAAGUGAUACUCGAGAGAAAGAAGGUGAAAAUAAAUUCAGAAGACAGACGAUCUUACUUUCCGCGACUUUGACGCAAGCUGUAGAAAAAUUAGCGGGUCUUGCGAUGGAAUGUCCUGUAUUUGUGGAUGCCGCGAAUGAAAAUUUGGAAACGACCGGCGACGACACAAACGGUCCAAACGAAGAUUUCAUAGUCCCCCAAAGUGUGAUCCAAAGUUACAUCGUUACGCCGGCAAAAUUGAGGAUGGUAACCUUGAGUGCUUAUAUCGCGGGAAAGUGUCAGAGUCACGGGCAGCACAAACUUUUAGUAUUUAUGGCGACUCAAGACAUGGUUGACUAUCACGCGGAAAUACUGUCGUCCGUGCUCAUGAAACCGGUCGACGAAGAUGACGACGAUUCCGAUCCUCUGGUCGAUGUAGACUUUUACAAAUUGCACGGUAACAUGACUCAAAAGGAGCGAACGGAUGUCUUCAAAACGUUCAGGCAAAGAAAAAGCGGUGUUCUCUUCUGUACGGAUGUUGCGGCUCGCGGUUUGGAUAUGCCAAAAGUGGAUUGCGUGAUUCAGUACACCGCGCCAACUUCAACCAGGGAUUAUGUACAUCGAAUCGGUAGAACGGCGCGAGCCGGAUUGUCUGGAGUAGCGACGAUCUUUCUGGUACCGUCGGAAAUCGAGUUUGUUCGAAUGCUCGAGUCCAGACGCAUCAGAAUAAAACAGGAAAGCAUGGACGAUGUUUUAAAUAAAUUGCUGACACCUCGGUCCCAACACUCAUCCGCCUAUAAUGCCGCGAUCGCGCUGCAAAACGAGUUUGAGAAUUUGCUGCUCCAAGAAUCGAAGCUCCGGGCGAAGGCGUGUAAAGCUUACACCUCCUGGAUACGCUUCUACGCUAGUUACCCGCGGGAUAUGCGUGAGAUUUUCAAUCGGAAGGAUCUUCAUCUAGGGCAUUUCGCCAAGAGCUUCGCAUUAAGAGAAACUCCGCAACGAAUCGACGGAAUAAGCAAAAAAAUAUACGAAAAGAAUAUUUCGAAGCAGCAGCAGCAGCCACAGCACCGGCCACAGCCACAGCCACAGCCACAGCCACAGCCACAGCCACAGCAGCAUACCAACAGACUUGCGAACGAACGAGCCGACGGGGUGCCAGCAAAGAAACCGAAGCAUCCAGAUGACGAGCCAAGGACGGGGUUGCUGAAGAAAGUCAGGAUGCUCAACACCUCCGAGUACGGCAGCGGCCUCGAGCCCUCGAGGAAGCCAAAGAAAUCCUGAGCGUCGCAUUAACACCUCGGCUACCUAGUAAACAGAAUGCGAUUUCGUUACCGUCAUUUCCAUUUCUCCUCUAAAUAGACACACCCUCCCUUUAACCGUACGGUUAACCAAAAAAUCAGGUUAACUGAUACACGACGUCUCCUAUAGCAGU